AUGUACAUUCCUCCCUACUACAACGAGCCCGACCUGGAGGUCCAGCAGAAGCUCAUCAAGGCUGAGGCCCUGGGCACUCUCAUCACCCACCUUCAGGACGAUACCGCCACUCUACCUCUGCAGGCUAACUACAUCCCCUUCACUCUUGUUACCGGCCCCGAGCAUGGCGAAUAUGGCACCCUUCGAGCCCACAUGCAUCGAAUCAACCCCCAAGCCAAACAGCUGAUCCACGCCUCCAAGUCCGGAGAUCCUGACGCCCUCGUUGCCUUCACCCACACCCAGGCCUACGUGCCUCCCAAGUAUUACGUUGAAACCAAGCCAUCUACCGGCGACGUGGUGCCUACAUGGAACUUCGCCUCAGUCCAGUGCUACGGAAAAGUCAAGGUCUUCUACGAGAAAGACGAGACCACCCGAGCUUUCCUGAUGGACCAGCUUAACCAGCUUGUCGAUGAGCAGGAAGCGCUAGCCGGAUCGAAAUGGAAGGUGUCUGAUGCCUCUGAUAGCCACCUGGAGAAACUACUUCCCAAGAUUAUUGGUAUCGAGAUCAAAAUCACCAAGCAGGAGGGAAAGUUCAAAAUGUCCCAGGAAAAGAUGGGUUGCGGAGACAAGGACGGAGUCAUUGAAGGCUUUGCAAAGGACGGCAACCAGGAGAUGAGCGAUUGCGUGAAGCACGCUUGUGAACGACGAGCAGAGCGACUCGCUAAGCGAUAA